GAAAAGUUGGCUGCAGACGCGAGUGAUCCAAGAGCCAUUCUUCUUUCUUUGCGCCUCGAAUUUUUUUUUUUUCCAAAUAAAAGAAGGCGAACCAACGCCUGCCAACCAAUCACGCUCACUUUUUCGACACUACAAGAAAUCCAAUUCCUAAUACCCAAAAAUAUACCAUAUAAAUAAAAUAAUACGGACAUCCUCCACACAAUGGCGCUCCCCAUCUCCAAACCAAAGCUCCCCGUCGUCGUCGACAAGCCCACGCCCUACACCUUCGACCUCGGCAACCUCCUCGCCGAGGACCCCAACCCCGUCAUCCUCGACCGCUCCGCCAUCGACCAGUCCCUCGCCGAGAUCGCCCGCGACGGCGCCCAGUCGCUCAUCAACCAGCUCCUCACCACCUGCCCGCUCCAGUCCACCAGCGACGGCGUCCUCCUGACGCUGCCCGCGCCCGCCACCCGCCUACCCCGCGAGAAACCCGUGCCCCAGCCCAAGCCGCCGACCAAGUGGGAGCGCUUCGCCGCCAAGAAGGGCAUCAAGGCAAAGACCAGGGAGCAGCGCCGCAACCUGGCCUACGACGAGGAGUCGGGCGAGUGGAAGCGCAAGUGGGGUUACAAGGGCCUGAACAAGAAGGGCGAGGACGACUGGCUGGUCGAGGUUGACCCUAAGAAGGAGGCCGCGCGGAAAGAGGGCACCAGCAUCAGGGCCGAUGGACGGAGGGAGCGCGUCGAGAGGAUCAAACGCAACGAGAGGAAGAUGAGGAAAAACCAGCGGGACGCCGCAGAGAAGAUGGGCAAGAAAGCCUAAGGGAGACGAGAGACGACGGUACACAAUACAUGAAUCCAGCUAUUCCACCAUUGGAGGGUCUAUUCAUAAUCAAAAGUCAGUCAGACAUGGCUACGGCGUUAUAGGCGUGUUGGGAGGGAUUUAAGAAGAAUCCUGCAUCAAGAGAAAUCAAGAUACAUGUCGGCUUAGUCGUUAUCUAUCCAUCUUAUUGGAGGAAGGAUUGCUCAAGUUUUCACAUUCACAUUUUUAUAUAGAUGUUCAAGAGAACCUCAAAGCUAGCAUAGCAGCAAACAAUUUUGUUUCACGUUCGCCAGAUUCCCUCCCAAUCCCUAAUGGUUCAAAGGUUGUCAAAGAUAAAAGAAGACAACAAAAAUUCCGGCCACUCCUUCUCUCCAUCUUUACUCAAGCAGCUUUAGAGCCACCAACCCCUUCUAAUCUUACACUGCCGUCCAU